CUCCGGAUAUCUAUUGCCAAAUCUGGGGCGAAAACGUGCUUAUAGGUGUAAUUGGCGUGCAGUUCCGAUGCUACCCCGACGCCGACUGUAAUGCUCAAGCUGCUAUCACGACAUAUUUUUUUUUCCUUUUCCUCACAUCUUUGUGAAGUGUUGACAUACACUUGCGCUCGCUCACAUUCGGUUGUUAUGAUGCUCUACUGUUGGUGGCAUGACACCUACUGCCCGUCUAUAAGAGACCCCUCGCUCCCCCGCACGAGGCGAUCGCGUGCAUAUUGGGGUACCAUGACGCGAAAUUAUACUGCAGAACGCGACGAGCAACAGCUUGCGCCGGGGCUUGGGAAGCUGUUGUGACUGUGACUAAUAUGUCAUAAGCACGCACGCAAUGUCUUGUCCAUUCCAUUGAGGAAGCUCGCUUGCCUCUUUUGUCAGGGGGCUUUGCUAGCCUGUGGGCGGACACCAAGGGAGGUAACAG